AUGUCUUAUCAGCUGAUCAUAAAAUCUACUCUGUCUGAAAUUCCACUUACGCUAUUUUCCCUCAUUCAGGAGCGUGAAAAGAAGUUUGUUCUGCCGUUAGAGGGUCUAAAACAGCGAUGUAAUGACACGUCUUUCUUCACGCGGCAUCCAUCUUUCAGUCUCUUCCAUUCAGAUCCCAAAGCUAAUGUUUAUAAGGAGUUUAAAAGCCUCGAUUUGUCGGCAGACAGCGUUAGUAUCCGAGACGACUGGAAAGGAGCCCUAUUACGAGCCGGAGUUUUUCCUGAGAAAUCAGAACAGGUUAUGGAAGAAGAAAAGGUGAGCCUUUCGAAAAAUGCAUAUAAACGGGUUGCGAUAGAUUGGAUGUUGUCCUUUAGUCAAACUGGUAUCCUCUCGCCCUCUUCGUACUUCCUUCGAAUUAAGGAGGGUUACCUAGGCUCCUGUCUCCCUAUCAUGCUCCUAAUCUGUGCAUCUGCCUUCAUAUUCCAGGCUGAAGAUGAUCUGAACCAGGAGAAUAACCCAAUUCUUAAACGACAAGUUGAGACUAUCCGCAACUUGGUGCAGUCCUACAUGAAGAUUGUGACCAAAACCCAACUUGAUUUGGUACCAAAGAUCACCAUGCAUCUUUUAAUAGACGAUGUGAAGAAGUAUCUGAAAUCGGAUUUGCUGCCUGCUCUUUACGCACUUGAUGCAAAUCGUCUGAUGGAGGAGUCGCCUGAAGAAAAGCGAAGAAAGCAGGACUUGGUGACAAUGUAUAACACCAUGAAGGAGGCCCUCAAUAUCAUAGCUGAUGUUACGACUCACACUAUCACAACUCCUGUUCCUCCACCUAUUACUGAUGAUUGGCUUGUAUCAGAAGUGGAGGGCAAUAGUGGCGCACAGAGGGUAGUGACGGCACCCUUUCGUCCAUCAAUUGGCCCAAAUAGAGGUAACCCCUCAUAUGUUUCCGUCAACAACAAUUCCUCGAACUCCCAACCACGCGUUGCACCCCCUAUUCCUCCAGCUUCACGACCUUCAAACGUUGGGCUCUCUUUUCUGGGUUCAGCGUGA